AUGUCAAAAUAUUUCUACAAACUCAAAACAAUUUCGGCUAACAACAUUAAGCAGGAUUGGUCUAAAUCAUUCUUUGGUUUAUCUGCUAAACCUUUUUCAAAAGAAGUGACCGAAAUUCUUUUGGCUCCAGUUGUUUCGGAAGACAUUGAAAUCAAACCUGAUGGGCUUAUUUAUCUACCGGAAAUAAAAUAUCGUCGUAUAUUGAACAAAGCAUUUGGACCAGGAGGAUGGGGACUUGCGCCACGUGGUGAAAAUUCAAUCAAUCCAAAAAAUAUAUCGCGAGAAUACGCGCUCGUCUGUUGUGGAAGACUUGUCUCAGUUGCUCUGGGCGAACAAGAUUACUUUGAUCCUUCUGGCUUAGCUACCGCUGCAGAAGGUGCUAAAAGUAAUGCAUUGAUGAGAUGUUGUAAAGAUUUGGGAAUAGCUUCCGAACUUUGGGAUCCGAUUUUCAUUCGUGAUUUUAAGAAACGUUUCUGUGAGGAAGUUUUAGUUGAGCAUGUAAUUACUAAAGUAAAGAGAAGAUUGUGGAGAAAAAAAGGGACUAGUCUUGAUUAUCCAUAUAAACAACUAAGUGUGAAUAUGGCUGGUUAA